AAACAUCUUCAUGGGUUUGUGAUGGAAUGGAUGAUUGUUUUAUCCUGGGGUCGAGACUCUAAAGCUGGUUCCUGGGGUUUCCCUUUGCAGAGCCGCUGAUGGGAAAUCGCCAAGAUGGAAUAAUCAACCGCUCAAAUCUCGCAGAUAUCAAUAAGAAAUCCCUAGGCGAUAUUGGACAGCAGAGGAGCCAUCUCCAAAACGUACCAUCUCUGCAUUUGAUGCUUAAACUGCCUUCUCUGCUUACCCAUUUUCAUCCUUUUCUUUUCGCAAUAUGCUUUCUUUGUCCUUCCUUUUCUAAUCAAUGCCCCCCAUGUGUGUUAGCCUAAGGCUUGCUUCCCAUCUCAAUUCUCCAAAUACACUCAAAUUCAAUAUUGGGUAUGUAGACAUAGAAACCACUAGUUAGUGCCUGCAAUGUGUUUGAUUAUUUGCUCAUGUGAAAGUUUUGGCCUAAUGCUUCGAACUCUGACAUAAUUCAUAACACUUGUUCAAAUAGAACCAAAUAAGCGAUUAAACUUUCAUGUGGGAUGUUAAUAUUUGGUAUCUUGAUUCCUUAAAAGGAAGACUGUAGUGAUUUCCAUCUUGAUUAUAACCCAAAUGGAUGGCUGAGAUUGAAUUUGGAGCUGCAUUCUUACUACUCUGUAAAAGAUCGACCCCAUUUCUAUUACCUUAUUUAAUUGAUGCAAUUUUUUUCCUUCUCCUCCAUAAAUAGCCCCUCUGUCAAUGGAUCUUCUCUUCUUUAAAUAGGAAUGAAACUGGCAGCGGUGAAAUAAAGCCCCUGCAGUCAAGGUAGCUGGUGUUUUUAUUGCUCUUCUUCUCCAUAUUUACACUGCUUCUGGGAAAUGUGAACCUGCUUGAUACCCUCAAUUUAUCUGUCUGGGUUUUGAAGAAGACAUGAAAGGAACAUAUUAUUGUUUUAUGUUCAUUCUGCAUUUAGCUUGUUGGGUUUCUGCUAAAACCACCGCUCUUGCACCAAAUCAUCCUCUCCUUCCUCAUAAACAACAACGUCUGUUGCCGGCUCUUGUCUCAGCCUCUUCUAAUUCAAAACAGGGUGUUGGAGGUGUAAAUGAAGAAGAAAUGUUGUAUAGAGGGAUGAGAGGAAUGGGUUCAGGGCGGCCGAGGUGUGAGCACAAAUGCUAUGGAUGCAGUCCGUGUGAAGCCAUUGAAGUGCCUACCAACAACAACAACAGCAAGAACAACAACAAGAGGCGCACCCACGUGGGGGUCCAAUACACCAACUAUGAGCCCGAGGGAUGGAAAUGCAAGUGUGGCCAUUCCUUUUACACCCCUUGAUUCUAACUUACUUGCUUUUCAAUUAUUGCU